GUUUCCUUUUAUUCCUUGGAUAUACACAAUAACUGUAAUUGGUCAAAGUCGGCCUAUUACAUUCCUUCAUAAAAGAUUAGAGCUGUAUUGUGCGCGCUAUUGUGGUCCAGCCGGGGAUCAAACCACACCCGGGCGUUGUAGGAACCAGCGCAUGUACUAUUAAACCAUCAGGCGAAUUGCCCUACAAGGUGUUAAAAGAGAACAAUAUUCAAAGCAACAGCAGUUCCACAUUUGCUAUUCUUUUCUACUAAUGCAGUUGGCAGGUGCAAUGUUAGGCCAGUCACGGACAGUGGUUCUUUGUUUGCUGGCGGUUCUUCCGCUUUUAGCAGCACAAGGACAGAAAGCACGUAUCGUUUGCUACUUCAGCAAUUGGGCAAUCUAUCGGCCCGAUGUCGGCCGGUACACGAUCGAUGACAUCCCGGCGGAGAUGUGCACUCACAUCAUCUACUCGUUCAUCGGGGUGGACGACAGCAACUACCAGGUGCUGGUGAUCGAUCCCGAGGUCGACCUGGAGCAGAGCGGGUUCCGCAACUUUACCGAGUUGCGGCAACGCUACCCACACGCCAAGUACCAGAUAGCGGUCGGCGGCUGGGCAGAGGGUGGCAAAAAGUACUCCCAGAUGGUGGCGGUCAAGGAACGGCGCCAAUCGUUCAUCUCCAGCGUCGUCCAGUUCAUGAAGGUGUACGGGUUCGAUGGGUUCGAUCUGGACUGGGAGUACCCGGGGGCGGCCGAUCGGGGCGGCAGCUUCGGCGAUAAGGAUAAGUUUUUCUACUUCGUCGAGGAGCUGCGCCGGGCGUUCGAUCGGGAGGGCCGCGGAUGGGAAAUUACGAUGGCGGUCCCGGUGGCCAACUUCCGCCUGCAGGAGGGCUACCACGUGCCGGAGCUGUGCGAAAAUCUGGAUGCCAUCCACUGCAUGACGUACGAUCUGCGGGGCAAUUGGGCCGGGUUUGCCGAUGUGCACAGUCCGCUGUACAAGCGGCCGCACGAUCAGUGGGCCUACGAGAAGCUGAAUGUGAACGAUGGUGUCCAGCUGUGGGUGAAUUAUGGCUGCCCGCCCAACAAGUUGGUCAUUGGAGUGCCAUUCUAUGGACGGACUUUCACGCUCAGUGCCAGUACGACCAACCCGAAGCUUGGGUCGUACAUCAACAAGGAGGCAGGCGGUGGCGAUCCGGGACCGUACACGAAUGCAACCGGUUUUUUGGCGUACUAUGAGAUCUGCACCGAGGUGCAGGACGAGGAAAAGGGCUGGACGAAGAAAUGGGACGAGGUGGGCCUCUGCCCGUACACCUACAAGGGCACCCAGUUCGUCGGUUACGAGGACGAACGGUCGCUCCAGCACAAGAUGGACUGGAUCAAGCAGAAGGGGUACGCCGGCGCCAUGACCUGGGCGAUCGAUAUGGACGAUUUCCACGGUCUUUGCGGGCCGGAAAAUGCGCUGAUGAAGGUGCUGUACGAUGGUAUGAAGGAUUACGUCGUGCCCGAACCGACCGUAACAACCACACCAAGGCCGGAAUGGAAUCGACCACCAUCCACAAUGUCCUCGGAUGGGGAGCAAACAACGACACGUCCUGCCACUACCACCACUACCUACAAACCAAGACCGACGACAACGGUUGCACCAACGACAAGAACCACUACUGCCCGGCGAACCACGACGACCCGCAAGCCCACCACAAUUCUGCCCCCGGACACCGAUUCGGAGGAGGACCGGGAGGAGCCCGCCAUGCCGCCAGCCGCACCCGAGCGCGAGGACGAGUCGGAGAUCGAUUGUUCCGGCUACAAGGACUUUGUGCCGUCGGUCGACUGUACCAAGUACUAUCGCUGCGUCCACGGCCAGCCGGUCGAGUUUGUGUGCAAACCGGGCACCGUCUUCCACACCGCGCUGAACGUUUGCGACUGGCCGGAAAAUGCGGACCGACCGGAAUGUCGCACCAAAGCGAAACUGCUCGAAAGCCCGACCGCGUACGAUUAUGCGUCGCUGUAAUCGCAAUCCGCCGUGUUAUACGCUAUCAACAACCUAUUUUAGGUUGCCGUGGUUUUAUGUAAUAAUUUGCACAAUAAACAAUCUCUCUGUCUCUCCCUUGGAUACGAUCGAUCGAUCGCGAUCAAGGCACGCUGUGGGAGAGGAAAUCUCUUUGUAAACAA